AUGUCCCUCUUCUUUUGCUGCGGCUCUCGUCGUCGAGGCAGACAGUGUGCAGGUGACGCUGAGCUCCCUGAUACUCCCGAGGAGCAACGAAUGAGGCGAGGGAUCGCUAUUCAACUGCCGCGCCACUCGAUCGAGAUGCCGAUUCGGUCUCGAGACAUGUCGUUGAUGCCUGCUGAGCUGCCCCUGGAUGACCCGACGGAGCUGGGGCAGCUGGUGGUGGACGACUCCGACGGCGAAGGAGAAGAAUCUAAUCCCCUGACAAAGACAAGCAGCGCGCUGAAUGUCGUUCGCACGAAGCUCAUCCGACACAUCUCGCCCGAAACGGAGGCUAAUCGUCGGUCUCGCGCAUCUGCAGGUCACAGCCAGGAGGAAGUUGCUCGAAGAGCCGAGCUCAGGCGAUUUCGGCAUCAGAGAAUUCAGGAGGAGCUCAAGAGCGAAGGAAACAAAGCCGAGUCGAGCGAUACAUCCCACCGCAGCACUCGCUAUCUCUCUCCCCUCAUUGACGCUGGGCAGCCAAGGGUCGGCCCCAGGGAUGCUAUCGAAUUCACCGUCACCGUCACAGACGGGACUCAGCCGGAUUCGGCGCAAGCACAAGAUCCGCUCUCUAUCAAGUCCGGUCAGGAAGACGAAGGUGUCUCCUCGCAAGUACUGGACGGACUAACGAAGUCUCCAUUUACAUCAACAGUAUCUGGUUCGAAAGAUGGUGACCAAACUUACCCCUUACGGCCACCAAGUACACACAGCGCUACAUCCCAAAAAUUGGCAGGAUGUUCGUACAACGUGCCUCGUCUGGGUCGUGUGUUGGGCGCAGACAGCGAGUUUGACAUUCGUCACGGAGCUUAUUCUUGGGAGGAACAGUCUGCUCUUGGCGUUUGGCUCGCUGCACAGGGCUUGCGAUCAGGAAGCAGCUCCAUCCGCCCCGGAGACAGCGAGACGAAUGAUGGGGAUGUUAUAAUCCCACUCUUCUCGCCCAGGGAGGAUUUUGGCGGCAUUGAUAGUGUCGCAGAUGCUCCGUUGCCCAUUCGUUGUCCGAACAAGACCAAGGGGAAGGCCCAAGGCCGGGAGAGAUGUUUGGAAGCCGCAUCGUUCGUCUCCAGUUCAUCUAAUGGCCGUGACGAAAGCGAGGCUGAUGCCACUUUUCUUGGCCGACAUAUGCUUGUGGGACCUGGGACUUUGGACAUGGCUGCAGUAAGGCCCGCUGACCACAGCUCUUCCAACUACCCUUCUGUUCUUCCAAGCUUUCAACCAAGCCCAGACCGAUCGCAGGCGAAUUUUCAUCAUCUUAGCGCAGAAGACCUGGAAAGUCUUGAGCUUUCGCCAUUCAGCUGGAAAGGCGAUUUCUCUGUUAUUAAGGAUUCAAAGGCAUCCGAGGGAAUGAGCUCAUAUGUCACGGCGACAGAUAACUACUUUCCGGAUAACAAUGCCAGCAGUGCUCAAAUCAACUGCCCUCGGGUGCAUGAUUCUGAUGAUGGAGCAUCCUUGGAUUGCUCCGAUUCCGCGACUUUCAAUCAGCGGGAGGUCAAGUCGUCAACGGUGGGAAUGAGGUUUGGCGAGGCACUAUCGCGCAAGAAGCCCUCGUUGAACUUUGGCAGCCGCUUCAAGGAAGACUUUCACACAGGUUCUGUUGGGCCUAGCCGCCGUUCAUUCAUGGCGAAGAUUAACCUCUCGAUCCCGAGAAGAUCCAAAUACAGUUCUACAAGCUUCGGUACGGCGCCGAGCAGACGGUUUCCGAGCGAAAGGAGCGGGCCGUUGGCCCUGGAGUGCGAAGACUCGAUUGGUAUGCGACUGGAGGCCUCUAUUGGCACAUCCUCGGCUUUUCGAGGGGAAGAGGGCAGCUUUUUACCAAGUGACCUGAACCCAGUGACGCUUGCGCGUGUGUAUGAUUACCAGAAGCCACUGGGAACAAGGCACUUUGGGGCUCUCGAAUCGUCUAGACUGACUCCUCACUCGGAACUCAUGCUUGACGAGACUCAAAGUUCCACGCGGGGGAUCCUUCAGCAAUGGACGACCAAUAUACAUGGCGCUUUUUCACCCAAUGCCUCUUUGAAAUCUCAAUUUUCCAAGGCUCCGAGACGAUUAACAAAGCUGGCUCCUGAUUCCGGUGAAGCAAGCGUUGCGAACACUGACCUUCACCAGCUACCAGUAGAUGCUGAUACACGGCUACCAGUAGAUGCUGAUACACGGCUACCAGUAGAUGCUGAUACACGAUCUGUUCCGACCAUUGUUGUUACGGAGCCAGUGUCGCGUUUCCGGCCAGGCAAGCUAGGAAAGGCCAUCAAGUCUGGGUUGAGGAAGUUGAUGCCGUCUCAUGGCAACGAGAGACAAGCUCAACUAUUCCAGCUUUGGGAACGGCAGGAUGAAAACGUCGGGCCCAAGAUAGUGCGCACGGAUACGCUGUCUAUUGCAUGUGAGCCUCGAGAUUCAGCAACGAAGGGAGCAGCUGAAUAUGGCACUGUGUCUCCGAAGCAACAUUUAUCUGUUGAGGGAGCCACAUGUUGCCCGCCAUCCGCAAUGAACACGGAAGGAGUCCUCGAGCUUGCGCGUCCAGCAAAUGCUGCCAAGUCUGGCAUGCAAGUUGAGUUAGAUAAGCCAGCGCAGGAGCCCUGUCCGGACCAUUGCGCCGAAGGUGUUUUAACGAGCGACCUCUUCUCACAGCCGCAUGAUCAGCCGAGAAUCGAGAUUGAAACAGACGAAGAGUUAGAAAGGGCUGAAUCAAUAUCAGUCAUUAGUGAUGUACGGGUGCUGCGUCGUUGGAAAUCGGCAUUGGAUGUACCAAUGAGUAGGAACCUGGCUCUGACCUGGGUUGGCCAAUCCAUGGCGCAGUCUCUCAGCUUGGGUAAUCUCAGAGCUUGA